GGGACUCGAACUUCGAUGAAACUUAAACUAAAAUGUCUAAAACUAUUUCACUGUAUUAAAGCGUAAAAAAACGGAAAAUGUGUACUUUUCAAUCUUUCUCCUAGCUAUCGAAUUGGAAGCUAACUUCAAAGUUGUUUGAAACGUCAUCAGCAAGUGAGCUAGCUUGCUAAAUUAGCAACGAGCUAACCAGAGACUUGACUGUGUUGUUAGCUGUGUUUAGCCUCAGCUAACGUUGUCAAGUUUGCACUAUGGAGGUUUUACGACCAUCGCUUAUCAAUAUAAAUGGAAGAAUAUACCGAAGAAACGUCAUCAAGGAGGAACAGUAUGAGGAAGAGGAGGAUUUCUCCUACAUGGAUCCUCCAGAGAGCGAAGAGCUCGCGGCAGAGGAAACCUGUGAUACCCUCCUCAUUGAACAGAUUGAUAAAGGAUACCGCUGUGCCAUCGACGUCCCAAGUGUCCUUUACAAAUACAUCAUCGGGAAAAAGGGAGAGACACGCCGACGUCUAGAGGCGGACACAAAGACGUCGAUCAACAUCCCGAAACAAGGGGUGGAGGGACAGAUUGUUAUCACAGGCUCCCACAAAGCUGCCGUCUCAUCUGCUGUCACUCGAGUUGAGGUCCUCCUCGACAGUUUCCGUAGGAAGCAGCCUUUCACGCACUUCCUGUCAUUUCCUCUGACUGAUCCCAAAAUUCAAGAAGGAUUCCUUCGGUUUAAAGAUGAGGUGUUGCAGAAGUGUUCACAGGAUCAUGGAGUAGAUGGAAGCAUCUUUCAGAACCCUGCAAAGCUUCAUCUGACAAUCGGCACGAUGUCUCUGUUAAAUGAGAUGGAAGUGAGAAAAGCAUGUGAACACCUCCAAGAGUGUCAAAACGUCCUCAGGGAAAUCGCUGGAGGAAAACCUCUGCCGCUGGAGGUGACGGGUAUAGAGUACAUGAAUGAUGACCCAGCCAUGGUGGAUGUGUUAUACGCCAAAGUCAAUGUGAAAGACAGAUCUGACAAGUUACAGGUGGUCGCAGAGCGGCUGGUCGAGCACUUUGUGUCGGCCGGGCUGAUGGUCAGGGAGUGGGACAGAGUGAAGCUGCACGGCACUGUGAUAAACACUCUGUUCAGGAGGGACGCCACAGGUGAGGACACAGGCAGCUCCAAACGACAAACCAUGAACGAAAGAGAGGCUUUCGAUGCCAGGAACGUAUUAAAGGAAUUCGGUGCUCAUCGUUUUGGAGAGUUUGAGCUGAAGACUGUCCUGCUGUCCCAGAGAUAUUCCACAGAUUGUACAGGUUACUACACGUCUGCAGGGAGCAUCAGCUUCUCAUGAGAUACUAAAGCGCUGACCUUAUUCUGAGGGACAUGAUUAAGGACGUACUGGGCAGAUGUCUUCACUAAUGAUCGCACUGAAAACACAUGUGAGGGGAACAUACGCCAUCCGCAGCCAGACUGACUCUCAAGACAGAUUCAAUAUGUCACGGGAUUCAUAAGGUUUAUAUUAACGCAAGAUGUUCACACUAUGUGUUUAUUUAAAUGAGCAAAUGUGGGUUUUGUUGUGUUUAGGGAAAAUGUAUCAACUGUAAGUCUAAAAAUGUCAGAAAAUAUUAAGAAAUGUGCAGCAUUAAGCAUUUAUGAUGUUAACAGUGUUUUGGGACAAUAAUAAUAUUACAAUAAUAAUAUAUUAUUACAGUUAUGUUUGACUAUGUUAUCAUUUAUUUUGUGUUCAUACACCAGAAUCCCAUUAUAGUUGCCCAUACUAGGAAUUAUAGUUAAUUAUAAUAAGGACAAAGCAUUGCAGUGUGUUGUAGAUCAUUAAUUGAAUACUGCUCACAAAUUUCAAACGGGGCAUAAAGUGAAUUGUUGAGGAAUAAUGUGUCUCAUAGUUUGUUGGUGCCCAAGGCAACAUCUUUAAAUCAUUUGUUUUGUCCGACUGACAAAGCAACACCCAAAGUAAUACAAAUUUCAAAGAUACAAAAAAAGAGAAACGCAGGAAAGUCUCAUUUUUUAAGCUGGAACAAGCAACUGUUUGGUAAUUUUGGUUGAUAAUUGACAGGACUAAUGAUUGAUUCUGCAUUUUCUUCACAUUCUAGUUAACGUUGUAAAUUUUAAAACACCUUUAUGCGUUUAUAUGAUUUCUAAAGAUUUCUUAAAGGCAGAAUUGAUUUGAUUCUCUGAUAAAAUCAAUCAUCACUCA